CGUACCAAACAAACACACAGACUGAGUGGGUGUGUUCAACCUCCCUUCCUUUCCAGAAGUAUCUGAGCUCAUUCUCAUCAUCUCGUCAUCUGUAGAUCUACUGAAGACGCAAUGGCAGUCACACUGACAAAGGAACAAAACGAAAAACUCCAACAAUUCAUGAAAAACGACCAGGAUGGCAAUGGCACCGUCACUGCUCAGGAGUUGAUUGACUUCGCUAAGGCUUCGGGGGUCAAUCUGACCGAGAAACAGGAACAGGAGUACCGUGACUGGGUAACUGCUGUUGACACUGACGGAGAUGGAGCCGUGAGCGUCGAAGAAUUCCGCGCCAUGUUGGUAAACACUCAACCGUUUGAUUCAGCGGCUGAGCUUUUCAAGACGUUUGACAAGGAUGGCAACGGCUUCAUCACUAAGGAAGAAAUUAAGCAGGGGAUGGCCGCCAUGGGCCAGAAACUGACCGAUGCAGAGGUGGACGAGAUUAUGAAGAACUGUGACACAGAUGGGGAUGGCAAGAUCAACUACGAAGAGUUCGCGAAGAGCUUCGCCUGAGGAAGAGGAAGAGUAGCCCAACAUUCGUCAGAUGAUUCUUGAGUUCCGGAAUAUCGUCGAAGUUUUUUUGCUUCCAAAUAAUCAUAAGUAGCUCUAGGCGCUAUAUAGUUGUGUUGAUUACGGUGGUUAGGUAACACAGGCAGAUCAAGGUUAAUUUUCCUUAUGUUUGACAUCGUCAUUUUAUAUGAAAAAAAGCAAGGCUACAAUGUUUACACCACUUUGAGGUAUAUCUUAGUGUCUAUUAGAAGUUGUGGUCUUAGCUAUCUAUGGAUGGAGACUUCCUUCUUUGUUCUUUCUUAAUUAAGUGAAAGUCUUAACUACUGCGCAGCACACUAACCUAACUCGUGUUAAUUUCUAUGUAAUGCUGGGAUCGUCUUCUCAUGCUUCUGUUCUUUGAAUAAAAUGGUUGAAGUACAGUUCUACUGAACAUUAUUUGUUUCAGAGUCACAUUCUGUAGCAACGAACAGGGUUCCUUGCUGAACUCAAUACUAUU